AUGGGCCAGGGGUUUUCGCUUGCAACACCUUCGGCAGGCUCCGCUGGGAUUGAUAUUGCACAGCUUCAGGAUGUGCAGUACGAGCGAAGCAUCGGGAAUGCACGGUUCAUGAAGAGCAUCCGCGGCCGUCAUGAGAACGGCCUUGUCCUGGUCAAAGUCCUGGUCAAACCGUACGCCGGAGUUGAUCUCGACUUGUACAAGCAGCUGCUCAUAAAGCAACGCAAGGCCUUGGCCGACGUACCCAAUGCACUCGUGUUCCAGCGCAUUAUCGAGACCGAGACGAAUGGAUACCUCGUGCGGCAGUUCCAACAUGAUUCCCUCUACGAUCGGCUGAGCACGAGACCUUUCCUCGAAGACAUCGAGAAGAAAUGGCUCGCAUUUCAGCUGCUUUGCGCUCUGCGAGACUGCCACAGUCGUGAUGUCUACCAUGGCGAUAUCAAGGCGCAGAACGUACUGGUAACCUCCUGGAACUGGCUGUACCUGACCGAUUUUUCAUCACCAUACAAGCCCAUUCUCCUACCCGACGACAACCCUGGCGAUUUUUCAUACUUUUUUGAUACGUCGGGCCGCCGAACGUGCUACAUUGCUCCUGAGCGCUUUUAUGUUGCCGGCGAUGGCCCCCCGCCGCAAUCCAAGAUGACGUGGGCCAUGGAUGUCUUCAGCGCCGGAUGCGUGAUUGCGCAAAUGUUUCUCGAAUCGGAAAUAUUCAGCCUUGCACAGCUUUACAAGUAUCGGCGUGGCGACUACGACCCGGUCAUGACGCACCUCAGCGUCAUCUCGGACAAGAACGUCCGUGACAUGAUCGCGCAUAUGAUUCAGCUGGAUCCGGAGAAACGCUACUCGGCGGACCAGUACCUGGAGUUUUGGAAAGGCAAAGUCUUCCCAAGCUACUUCUACAACUUCUUGCACCAAUACAUGGAGUUGAUUACCGACCCGUCUUCAGGCAACAGUCCCAUGUCCGGCUCGCACAAGAACAUGGGUGAAUCGGACGACCGGAUAGAUCGCGUUUAUUACGACUUCGAUAAAAUCUCCUACUUCCUGGGCUACCAGGACGAGAAGCGGCAUUCCGGAACGUUACCUUUGUCGUCACGUCUCGAAUUGGGCCACUUUCCCGUACGGUUGAGCAUCGUCAAUCACGAGCAUUGUGUUUCUGCCGCCCUGGAGCCUCCCGAGGACGACGGUACCCUAAUAUUCCUCACGCUCAUAGUUGCCUCCUUGAGGACGACGGCCCGGGCUUCGUCCAGAGUUCGAGCAUGUGAUGUCCUGCUGGCAUUUUCGGAGAGGCUCACGGACGAAGCAAAGCUAGACAGAGUCUUGCCAUAUCUAAUGACGUUGCUUCACAAGGAGGAAGCGGAUAUUGUCAUUGUUUCUGCCAUCCGCACCAUUACCCAGCUGCUCCAACUCGUUCGCAUGCCAACCGCAAUCAACUCCCAUGUGUUGAUCGAGUACGUCCUGCCUCGAAUGGAGAUUGCUUUGGGGUCCCGGUCACGACUUGCAAGCCCGUUAGUUAGGGCGACGUAUGCGUCUUGUCUGGGGAGUCUGGCAUCGUCAGGACAACGUUUUCUGGAAAUGGCCUCCAGUUUUAAAGCCGAUGGCUCCAUGUCGGUCGCGGAUCCUGAGGUGGAACCCGGACCUGAGGCCGAAGCGAACUUUGAAAGCGUAUUUGACAACGCUGGUCGGGAGCUUUUCGAGAUGCUAGAAAGCCACACAAAGCAGCUGGUGGAGGACCCAGAUGUUUUUGAGCACUCGAACGACAUUCUACUCACCCAUCUCAACACGUACCUAAAUGGCCGCGACUGGACCCUCAAGUGCGCCUUGUUUGACACAAUUAUCGUCAUCGCGAUGUUUGUCGGGACCACGAGCUUGGAAGAAUUCAUGCUCCCGCUCAUGGUUCAGGCACUGACAGAUACGGAAGAAUCCGUGGCCCAAGCUGCCUUGCACUCUUUGGCGCAACUGGCCGGUCUUGGACUCUUGUCACGAUCAACAAUCUACGAGUUGGCAGACCUUGUCGGCAGGUUCACCGUUCACCCCAACAUUUGGAUACGGGCGUCCGCAGCCGAGUUUUUCUCCAUGUCGGCAAGGUUCUUGGUGCUAGCAGACAUACGAUGCCUUCUCUUGCCGCUGGCCCAACCGUUUCUCAAAGUGGAGGUUCUUCCGGAGUUCUCUGCCGUCGGCGUGCUGGAUUCACUGAAGAGGCCACUGUCCCGGGCAGUCUUUGAGCAGGCAAUAACCUGGGCGACGCAAAGUGACAGAGGAGUCUUCUGGAAACCAUUUGAGAAAUUGCGUUCGCUCACCCUGGGCACUUUCGGAAGCGUGGCCGCUCGUCCGUCCAAGGAUCUCCAUGCGACGUCGAUGAGCAAGGUUUCUCGCAACGAAGAAGAUGACCAAUGGCUCGAGAAGCUCAGGAAUCUCGGCCUUAGGGCCGAGGACGAACUUAAGCUGCUGGCUCUGCGAGAGUAUAUUUGGCGGUUGAGUAAGAUUAAGGCGCGAAACUCCCCCAGGGGCGAAGUCAACGGGCAAGCAGGGCUCAUUUCCCUCAAGAGCUUGGGGGUCACGCCGCAAACCGUGUUCUUCAAUGAUGUGCCUCUCAAGGACCCAGACAGUGACCCGAGCCUCGACUCCCCUACUAGCCCGUACACAAUCGCGGACGCCCUUCUGGAUGCGUCGAUGACGAUUGACGAGUCGGCUGGAAAGCGGAGACGUGCCGCAAUGCACUCUCAAAAACCACGGGUCCAAAGCAUUGGCCCCCGACCGUCACGUGCGGCAAGAGAGCUCUUGGCCCCAGACGGAGGUGAGAGACCUGGCUCGCUGCUUUCGAGAAGAGGCUCGUCUCUCAGCCGGGGUAUAGAUGCUGCUGACAACGACAACUUGUCUGUCCGUGAGGGCUCUUAUUCAGCCAGAAGGGCCAUUCGGCAUCAAGUUAGUGCGCUUAGUCUGCUCGACCGCAGAGAUGGAAGCAAAUCGGUAGCGGAGACGGCCACGAGUGAUGCCAAUGCCUUUGGGCAGGUGGAGGGACCCUUUACGCAACCGUCCCUCUCGCCGCAAGGGCUCGGCGGAGAUGAGGAGGAACGAAGCGCGCCGAAGAAGUCGAGACAUACCUACGAAGGAACUGACCCCAAUAUUCAGAAAAUGCUGGAUCGGAUGUACCUCGACAGCUUCCCGCGCGAUGUACUAGACUUCGGCCCGAUGGUCCAGCCCAUGUUGAGCAACAGAAGCAGAAGCUUCCCGGACCAAAAUGGUGAUUCUCAAUGGCGGCCCCAGGGCAAGCUUGUGGCGACGGUCGGAGAGCACAAGGGCCCAAUCAACAGAGUUGCUGCUUCCCCGGACCACAUAUUUUUCAUUACUGGUGGCAGCGAUGGCACCGUCAGGGUCUGGGACACAGCCAGACUGGAGCGUAACGUUACGCACCGCUCGCGCCAAAUUCACAAGCAUGCAGAAGGCGCCCGUGUUAUGGCUCUAUGUUUUGUGGAAAAUUCGCAUUGCUUCGUCAGCUGCGCCAGCGACGGCAGCGUUCAUGUGGUCAAGGUGGGCACGGUUACCGCUGGCGGCAUCGUCAGGUACGGAAAUCUGCGCGUGGUGCGCGAGUAUCAGUUGCCGAACGACGAGUAUGCGGUUUGGUGUGAGCACUUCCGGCUAGACACGUCAUCGGUCCUUAUCGUCGCCACGAACCGGUGCCGAAUUCUGGGCAUCGAUAUUCGGACGAUGACUAUUCUGUACGAAUUGGAGAAUCCGGUCCAUCACGGAACGCCAACUUGUUUCUGCAUUGACCGAAGGCGGAACUGGAUCUGUGUAGGGACAUCCCACGGGGUGAUUGAUCUCUGGGACCUUCGUUUCAAGAUGCGGCUCAAGGGCUGGGGUAUACCCGGCAAGAGGGCCAUCUAUCGCUUGUGCGUCCAUCCCACGAGGGGGCGUGGCAAAUGGGUCUGCGUUUCCGGCGGGACAGGGCAGGGGGAGGUGACGGUCUGGGAUCUGGAAAAGACAACGUGCCGAGAGAUUUACCGAGCGAGCAGCAGAAAGGACGGCGGACCCAAAGUCUACAGCGCAUGGGACGUUGACGAGGACAAGCCCGAGGGUAUGCUUAGCCGGUUCGCGACCUGUGUCGAAAGUAGCGACGCGACCAACGCGGACCGAGGAGUUCGGGCCAUGUUUGUCGGCACCGGAGGUUUCGACGAAUCUUGCGACGUUCGCCACGCGUACAUUGUUACGGGAGGCUCAGACAAGAAGCUACGGUUUUGGGAUGUCUCCCGGAUCGAGAGCUCGAGCAUAUACAGCGGCCUUCAGUUGGAUGAAGCGCAACCGAGUUAUACGGCAUCCCAACCUGCGGCAGGCGUAACCCUGAACUCGGAAAAGGCCGCACGACAACCGUCAUCGAGGACGAAGGCCAAUGGCGGGGCCAGCGCUGGGGCUCACGGAAAGGGCGGAGGCGCUGGGCGGCCGCCAAGGUCGACGGUGAUUUCGAUGCAGCAACAGCAGUUGCUUCAGUCACACGUGGACAUAGUGCUGGACAUGAUCGUUUUGGAAUACCCGUACACCAUGAGCGUUUCGGUGGAUCGGUCAGGCAUAGUCUUUGUGUUUCAGUAA